AUGUCUUCAUCUUGGCAAGCUCAAGCAACAGAAAGGGCUUCUUUAAUUCUAGAGAAAAUCCCUCGAGAAUGGAGACUCUCGUCAAAUGAAAUUGCAGAUGCAAGAGCCCAGCGAAAUAUUACAUCGUCUGUUAUUUGCAAGUAUCUCAAUCGAUUCGAACAAGAAGUCUUGAGUCAUGAUUCGAUCUCAAUUCUAAGAAAGCUUAGGAGUGGAGAAUGGACUGCUGUUCAAUGUGUCCUGGCUUCUUGCAAAAUUGCUUGCAUUGCUCACCAAAUUAAUCCUUGCUUGCUUAACAUAAUGAUACCUGAAGCAGUGGAAAAGGCUAGAAAUUUGGAUGAAUCCUUUCAAAAUGAAGCGGGGUCCGUCAGAGGGCCUCUUCAUGGUCUUCCGAUCAGCGUCAAAGAUCAAUUUCAUGUAAAGGGAUCGGAUACUACCAUGGGCUAUGUUGGAUGGAUUGGCACUUUUGAGGGAGAUGAUAAUAGUAAUAGGGUAGGUAUGGUAAACAGCCAGACAAUCUCUGAAUUAGAGGAACAAGGUGCGGUAGUCUUCUGUAAAACCAGCUUGCCACAAACCGUUCUCUAUGACGAAACUAUCAAUAAUAUCAUAGGCCAGACACUCAAUCCAGUCAAUCGACUUCUCUCCUGUGGUGGUUCUUCUGGGGGUGAAGCAGCGCUUAUCUCAAUGGGUGGGAGUUCAUUGGGCAUAGGUACUGAUAUUGCCGGUUCUAUCCGCGUACCAGCUGCAUUCUGUGGUAUCUAUGGCAUCAAGCCAACUCAUAAUAGAUUCUCUUACCGAGAGGUUGCCAAUACUAACCCCGGGCAAACAUUAAUCUCCUCCUCAGUUGGGUUCCUUUCACGUUCCCUCGAUGGCUUAGAAUUAGUCAUGAGUAGCCUUUUGUGCACAUCCCCCUGGCUUCGCGAUCCAGCCGUCGUUCCAAUGCCCUGGCGUAAAGAGAAUCGACCUGAAGCCGGGAAAAGGCUCAGAUUUGGCAUUUUCUGGUGGGAUGGAAUGAUUCAGCCUCACCCACCUGUUACACGGGCAUUGGAAAUGGUUGUGACUGCUCUGGAGAAUGCAGGACACGAGGUCAUAGAUUGGUGUCCACCAUCUCAUAGUGUACCCGAGCGACUUCACCCAGCAAUAAUGAAUGCAGAUGGAUCCCAUCAUAUUCACCAACAACUAGCAAUAUCCGGAGAGCCAUUGAUUAAUGAUUUACAAAACUUUUACACGUUAAAAGCACCAAUGUCUCUUCUCGAAUAUCAAGAUCGCGCACUCCAACUCCGAGAUUAUAGACAAGUCUACUCUGAUUAUUGGAAUAGUACAGCAGAUGCAGAUGGGAAUGUGGUGGACGCAGUAUUAAUGCCCGCAGCUCCUCAUGCAGCUGUUAUACCCGGGAAAUGGGAACAUCUCGCGUAUACGGAAGUUCUCAAUCUUUUGGAUUAUACGGCGUUGGUUCUUCCAAUCACUCAUGCGGAUAAGGAUGUGGAUGGACAUCAUGUUUAUGUACCCGUUAGUGAGAAGGAUUUGAGGAAUUGGAUCGCGUAUGAUGAGGUGAUUUAUGACGGUGCGCCGGUUGGGAUACAGAUUGUGGGGAGAGUAUGUGAGGAGGAAAAGAUUAUUGGGGUAGCGAAGAUUGUCGAGGAGGCUUUGGGGAGAUGA